GUCAGUGUGUGUGUCCGUGUGUGUGUGAGCAGACGGCAGGAUGGAGGGAUCCGAGUGUCCGCCUGUGAUCGUGGAGGGGGACUGGACUCCGGCUCAGGCCAAAGCCCUGAAGAACAAACUACAGCUUUACUUCCAGAGCAAGAAGAAGUCGGGCGGAGGAGACUGCCGGAUCGAGGCGGAGGAAGGAGCCCCGAGGGCGGCCGUUUACUUCAGCUCACCGGAGGUGAGAGAGCGAGUCCUCGCGAGGAAGAAUCAUGAGAUCAUCCUGGACAGUAAAACCAUCCAGUUGCGGCUGAGCUCAGAAGCAAGCCCAACAAGCAGCGAUGAUGUCUCAGACUCAUCGACAGACUCAAAGAAGCCUCCGGCUGAACCUGGAAGUGGAGCUGCUGCUGCCAACAAAGAGGACUCAGAGUCAUCUCAGAGCUGUGCGGUGGUUUUGGAAAACGUCACAGACAACAUGUCCACAGAUCUGCUCUCCAUGCUGGUGGAGAACAUCUCCGGGUUGGAUGAGAACGGCUACAGCAUGGAGAACAUCUGGGAAUCCAACAGCACCGUGGUCACAUUCAAAAGCCCUGCAGAUGUGGAGAGAUUCCUCUCUGUAAGUCAGACCAGCUCAAAGAUGAAGAAACAUGGACUGACCGCUCGGCCUCUGGAGGCAGCAACGGACAUCCGAGUGGAGAGUCUUUCUCCAGCUGUGGUUAAAGGUACAUAUGCUCCUAAAAACCAUAGACUGUAUAUAAAAGUCUAA